AGCAAGGAUUCUACUCUGUGACAUCACAAUGUCCAGCCCAGGCUCAACCUUGGCAACUGAGGAGAAGGUAACAGGAGGUUCAGCUACUGAUAUAUUAGAGGUGGGAGGCUACCUGAUGGAGCUAGAAGGAAUCAGCCAGCCAUGACUCCAGUUCAGAGGGAUAACCAAUUAGCUGAUAGAAUAACAAACGAAAAGUAACUUGACACCAUUGACCCACUUAACCUCCCACGAGAAGGAUGGAAAAGUGUAGCCAUUUGCUUUGAAACAGUGGAACAGCUUAGAGAAAAUGGCAUGUAACAUACCUAACCAAAGACAGCGGACUAUGUCAACAUCUGGAGAAGCUCUAUAUGAAAUCCUUGGUCUGCACAAAGGAGCAUCAAAUGAAGAAAUUAAGAAAACCUACAGAAAAUUGGCCUUGAAACACCAUCCAGACAAGAAUCCAAAUGAUCCAGGGGCCGCUGAAAAGUUUAAAGAAAUCAACAACGCCCACACAAUACUUACAGACAUGUCAAAGAGAAACAUAUACGACAAAUACGGAUCACUAGGACUCUACGUGGCUGAGCAAUUUGGAGAUGAAAAUGUUAAUACCUACUUCAUGCUGUCAAGCUGGUGGGCAAAGACUCUGUUUGUCAUCAUUGGCCUCUUGACCGGCUGCUAUUUUUGCUGCUGUCUGUGCUGCUGUUGCAACUGCUGCUGUGGACGAUGCCGGCCUAAAUCAUCAAUGCCAGAAGAGGACUUCUAUGUGUCUCCAGAGGAUCUUGAGGAGCAGAUCAAAACCGACAUGGAAAAAGAUAUGGACUUUCCAGUUGUUCUCCAGCCUACAAAUGCAAAUGAGAAAACACAGCUAAUCAGAGAAGGACCUCGAAGUUAUUGUACAGACUCUUAAUAUUGAGCCCACUGAGGGUCCACAAUAUCUCCUCUUGGUUCAGCCAUGUCUCCAGGUGGUCUUGAUGGGGGAGGGUAGGGGACAUGAAAUACUGUGAACUUUUCCACGUUUGUAUUUUAUUUUAGGUUAAGGAAAGAUGAUUGCUACAUAAUUUUCUCAGUAUGCAGAUUCACUCUUUCAGUAGAAUUCCUAACAGAAACACAUUCCAUUUUGAUGAAUAAAGGCCUGAAGAGUUG